UAUUCUGUAUUCCGACGGAUUUCUAUUUCGUUCGAAAGUGAUAUUUCGAUCGUUUUCGAAUUUACCAUUCCCUAUUCCAAUCGUUUUGCUCGUUUCGAACGAAAGUGUUAGAAAAUUUCGAAUAUGCAUCGAUCUGUCAAAAACCGAUAAACAAAAAGAAACACCGUAUUAAAUAGCGGCGAGUGCGAGUUGAAUUUCAGUUAAUUUUUGAUCCUAAGAGAAAUUUGUGAGAAAAUUUUCUCGUUCAAUGGAUUCCGUUUUGUUACCGAUUUUGGCGGAGCAAGAAGAAAUUGGAAUGCCUUGCUACCAUCGGCGAAACCACCGAAAAUCAACCGACUUCAUAAAACUUUCUGAUGAAGCAUUCAUCAAAAGUUUUCGUCUAAGUAAGGAAGCUUUUCGGUACGUUUUAGAGGAAAUUGAGAACUGCCUUACCACAAGGAAAGGUGGUCUAUCCACGGAGGUGAAACUCGCAGCAUGUUUGCGAUUCUUUGCUGAAGGAAAUUAUCAACAUGGAGCAGGGCAAGAUUAUCACAUUGCCAUAGCACAGCCCACAUUUUCCAAGGUGCUGACUGAAAUGCUUAACAUUCUGGAGCGGACACUGUGUAAGAAAUGGAUUUCCCUAAAUAUGACGGAAGACGAACAGCGGCGUGCUAAACUACACUUCUAUCAGAAAACAUCAAUUCCGGGUGUUAUUAUGUGUUUGGAUGGAACCCACGUAAAAAUUAUUCCACCUAAGCUGAAUCGAAAUUUGUUUUUUAAUCGGAAGGGAUUUUAUAGUCUCAACGUUCUGAUUGUUUGUGACGAUCAGCAAAGGAUUCGUUUCGUUGAUCCUACCUUCCAGGGAUCUAAUCAUGACUCUCAUAUAUGGCGUGUAAGCCCUGCAAGAACUCACUUUGAGCAGCUUCACCAAAAUGGUGAAGUUAAUACUAAGAUUCUAGGUGAUGCUGGUUAUCCAUCGGAACCUUGGUUAGUAACGCCAUUCAGAGCAGCGGAGGAAGGGAGUUUGGAGAGCGAUUUUAAUCGCAGGCAUGCCUUGGGUCGUGCUAUCGUCGAGCGGACAAUCGGUUUACUAAAAAAUCGGUUUAGAUGCAUCCUUGGCGCGAGACAACUUCACUACAAUCCUACUAAAUGCGCUCAAAUUAUAAAUCACGGCCCAAAACGAGCACUUCGAGUCGUUCCGCUACUCUGCUGA